AUGGAACCAUCAUCACCUUUUGCUGACAGGACGGAUUCCACCGAUAAAGCCAAUGCCAAUGCCCUGACCAAUACGGUCACACACGAAAAUCUGCCGAUAAAAUCUUCCACGGACCGUCCCAGUUCCAGUCAUUCCGAUUUCGCCUUACCCAACCGAGAAAAACACAACUACUCGUGCCUGCCCACCCCGGGCACACACCAGUCGGAGCAGAAAGCUGCCCGUGCAAGGCAGCUGACUUGUAUCAAUCUGGUUUUUUGUCACAUAUGCGAAGUGUUGAAACAUUUGAAACAGUUGAAGAACUUCAGCUCAUUCCUGGCGCUCUUGCUAGCAGUUCAAGAGGUUCCGGAAAUUCUGCUAUUCAAGAAAUCGAAAUCGGUAAGUGAUGACCGUAUCGAGAAACGUGAUUUCUCACGUCAGGUUUUUCAGCUGUUAAACAAAUUCUCCUCCUACAUGAAGCCUCCCAUGUUUACCGAAUAUCGGCGAGAUCUGGAAGCCGCUUCUCUGCCCUAUCUGCCCUAUCUGGGUCUGAUAUUUCAACAGCUUAUUCAUUUGCACGCGGGCAACCCGAAAUUUCUACCAGACAUGGUCGUACAGACCGAAGCGGAUCAGUUAAACAGAGUCGAAUCGGGCAAUUCGCAAGUGCUCCUCGGAGUGAUGGUGGAUCCGACGAAUGUGAAAGAGCAGUUUGUGAAUAUGUGGCGUUGUUGGAAACACUACCUGAUAUUGGGUUAUUUUAUCAAACGCAUGGAGAAUCCGGAAACCGCUCGCCACCGUUUGCCAUGCAAUGCGGAAGUUCAGGAGAUCCUGUCCGACUUCAAAGAUCGCUUUUCCGAUACCGUCCUGGAUAAGGCCAAAGAACAACUAAUUGCGAAUAUUAAACCGAAAAAAUCAUUCUGGACAACUGGUUCCGCACACAAUUGA